UGUGUGUAAGUGUAUGCAUCGCCACCAUACAUUAAAGCAGAUUGUUAUGAGUUCUUCCAAAGAUGUUCCAUGUUGUUGUUCACAGCGCUGGAUUUUGGCGUAUACUAGUUUUGUUGGUUUUUUCUUUGUGUAUUCAUUACGUGUGAAUAUUAGUGUGGCUAUUGUGUGUAUGGUUAAGACACCAAAUAUUACAACAACUGAUACAUUUGACAAUUCGUCAUCUAGUAUAUGUACCGGUACCGCUUCUUCAAGACAAGUUUUUAAUGAGCACGCUGAAUUUGAUUGGAACAAGGAAGUUACGUCAUCAAUAUUGGCAUCUUUUUUCUAUGGUUACAUAAUUACUCAGAUUCCUGGAGGUUGGUUGUCAGACAGAUUUGGUGGCAGAUAUGUGUUUGGGAUUGCCAUGGCAAUUUCUUCCAUCAGUACCUUGUUGAUACCCGUAUGUGCUAGGAAUUCAGUAGUUUCUGUUUAUGUAUUGCGUGUUAUUCUUGGAUUAGCUACAGGCGUAUCAUUCCCGUGUGUGCAGUCGAUGUGGGGACGCUGGGCUCCUCCCCUAGAACGCAGCAAACUAAUCAGUGUAUCGUUUCUAGGUACAAUGUUCGGAAAUGUAGCCACAUUUGGAUCAUCCGGGUAUUUAUGUGAAUAUGGUUUUGACAACGGAUGGGGAUCUAUAUUCUACAUAACAGGCGGUCUUACUGCCAUUUGGGUAGUUAUAUGGUUUGUGGUGGUACGUGACACCCCUUCGGAACAUCCUUGGAUCAGUGAGGUCGAGAGAGAUUACAUUAACAAUGCCAUAGAAUAUGACACUUCAAAAAGGACAGGCAAAGUACCAUGGUUAGAAAUGGCAAAAUCACCAGCACUGCUUGCCUGUACCACUGCUCAUAUAUGUAACAACUGGACAAACUACACAUUGUUAACAAGUUUGCCGGCAUUUUUGAAAGCAGUUCACAAGUUUAAUAUCAAAAGUAAUGGUUUGCUUAGUGCUUUGCCAUACAUUUGCCAGGCUGUGUCAGGAUUUAGUUCAGGACAGAUAGCGGAUGUUUUACGUAGUAAAGGUGUUCUAUCAACCACUGCAACACGACGACUACUUCAGAUCAUUGCUUUUUCGGGAUCUGGCAUAUUCUUGGUCGCUACGGGAUUUACUUCAUGUGAGCACAGAUCCCUUGCUAUUGCAUUUUUAUCACUAGCCGUCAUGAUAAACGGAUUUUGCAGAGCAGGUUAUGUCGUGAACCACGUUGACUUUGGGCCAAAAUAUGCAGGAGUUUUAUAUGGUAUAACCAAUACAUUUGCUACUAUUCCUGGGAUGUUGGCACCAAUAGUAGCUGGCCAGCUGACACCGAAUGAUACACAAGAAGAAUGGAGAAAUGUAUUUUAUGUGUGUGCUGCCUUCAAUGUUCUUGGAAUUUUGGUGUAUGGCUGUUUCUCUAGAGGAGAAAUCCAAGAAUGGGCAAAAGAUGAAGAGGAAAUUGUGAUAGAAAAACAAAAUGAUAAGACGGAAACUAAAUUGUGAUCAAAUAAAUAUAUAAA